UCAAUGCCGUAUUAACACCAAUUAUUGAAAAAUAGUGUGUGCUGGCAGAAUGACCUGAGGGUAUCCUGAUAUCUGGGGGGAGGGGGUGUGUAACUCCAGAAGUCAUUUUAGAAAGCAUCAGGUUAGAGGUGGGCAGGACAUCAGCGCCAAGCUGCCAAGAAACCACUCAUGGAAGCAAGCUUCAGAGGCUGCGUGGUGACCAUGGAGCCCCCUGGGAGGCUGCAGAGACGGUUACUACAUUGUUCUACUGCAGUUCCUGUCUCCUGACACCAUGGCGCCUCCUUCCCCUCCCUGCACCUUCCUUGUCCUCAUUUUCCCUCCUGCAGCUUCGUUUAACACAUACAUGAUUUCAACUGUUUCAUAACUAUCACUCUAUGUACUUCUCAUAAACCUCAGUGGAAAGGCAUUAUCAUUAUCCAUCUCACAGAGCCUCUUUAUUAUUUUCUUUGAUGAUUGGCUGAUUUCCUUCUAGUGGAGAAUGUACUACAGAGCAGGCUUUUAACUUUCUGGAAAAUAUCCUCUUUGUUUUGCUCUUUAAUAUCCCCUGAAAUUCUAAUAUAUGUUCUCUUGCUCCAGGACAUGCUAGGUUUGUGACUCCCUCUGAAGUAUUCUCUCUAGCCUAAGAGUCAGAUCAUUAGCUUUUGGGUUGUCCAGAGGAUCCUGCAACACAAUGAGUGCAACACAUGUUUGCCCAACGGAAUCCAUCUCAGUGCAGUGCCGCUGGGCUCUGUAGUUCACCAAUGGCAUUGCUACAAUAGGAAAUUCCAUUACACUGUCUUGUUGCCAUGACAUCCUAAUCACCUCAUGUCCCUGGGACUGGCAGAGAAAGACAGACAGCAGCUAACUGCCCUGUUAAAAGACAACAAGAAGAAAAGAACUCCUAAGAAGGAACCUGCUCCAAAGCCACCAGCCACAGAUGAAGCUGGAAGUGGCCUGGACAGUGCCCCAGCUCCUGACAUUCCUACCACCCCCCGCAGUAAAGUCACCACAUCUCCCAAGACUACAACAGUAAAACCAACAAAUCCUAAACCCAGUCUUCCACCUAAACCCAAAGAGAAACCUUCAACAUCAAAUAAAGAGACAACAGUUAAAACUAAAGAGACUACUGAAACAAACAAACAGACGUCUACUAGCGCAAAAGAAAAGACAGCCUCAGUUAAAGAGACACGGACUGCCGAGAAAGAUUCUGCACCCACACCGGAAGUUCCUGCUAAACCUACACCCAAAACAGAAACUACAACCAAAGCCCCUGCUCUCACGACCCCCAAGAAGCCUGUUCCCACCACCACCACCAAGAAACCAGCACCCACCACCCCCAAAAAACCAGCAUCUACUACCCCCAAGGAGCCUGCUUCCACCACCACCAAGGAACCAGUACCCACCACCACCAAGAAGCCUACACCCACCACUCCCAAGGAACCAGCACCCACCACCCCCAAGGAGCCUGCUCCCACCACCACCAAGGAACCAGCACCUACCACUUCCAAAGUGCCAAUACCUACUACAUCCAAGGAACUAGCACCUACCACCCCCAAGGAAUCAGCACCCACCACUUCCAAAGAACCAGCACCCACUACCCCCAAAGAACCAGCACCCACCACGCCCAAGGAACCAGCACCUACUACCCCCAAAGAACCAGCACCCACCAUGCCCAAGGAACCAGCACCCACCACCCCCAAGGAGCCAGCACCCACUACGCCAAAGGAACCAGCACCCACAACCCCCAAGGAGCCAGCACCCACCACUCCCAAGGAACCAGCACCCACCAUGCCAAAGGAACCAGCACCCACCACUUCCAAGGAACCAGCACCCACCACGCCAAAGGAACCAGCACCCACCACCCCCAAGGAACCAGCACCCACCACCCCCAAGGAGCCAGCACCCACCACUCCCAAGGAACCAGCACCCACCAUGCCCAAGGAACCAGCACCUACCACUCCCAAAGAGCCAGAACCCACUACGCCCAAGGAAUCAGCACCCACCACCCCCAAGGAGCCAGCACCCACUAUGCCCAAGGAACCAGCACCUACCACUCCCAAAGAGCCAGAACCCACUACGCCCAAGGAAUCAGCACCCACCACCCCCAAGGAGCCAGCACCCACUAUGCCCAAGGAACCAGCACCUACCACUCCCAAAGAGCCAGAACCCACUACGCCCAAGGAAUCAGCACCCACCACCCCCAAGGAGCCAGCACCCACUACCCCCAAGGAGCCAGCACCCACUAUGCCCAAGGAACCAGCACCCACCACGCCCAAGGAACCAGCACCCACCACUCCCAAAGAGCCAGAACCUACCACCCCCAAGGAGCCAGCACCCACCAUGCCCAGGGAGCCAGCACCCACCACGCCCAGGGAGCCAGCACCCACCACCUCCAAGGAGCCAGUACCCACCAUCCCCAAAGAACCAGCACCCACCAUCCCCAAGGAGCCUACUCCCACCACCACCAAGGAACCAGCACCCACUACUUCCAAAGAGCCAGCAGCACCCACUACUCCCAAAGAACCAGCACCUAAAACCCCCAAAGAACAAGAACCUACCACCCCCAAGGAACCUGCUCCAACCACACCCAAGGAACCAGCACCCACCAACCCCAAGCAACCUGCUCCAACCACACCAAAUGAACCAGUACCCACCAGUGCUAAGGAACCAGCCCCCACCAACCCCAAGGAACCUGCUCCAACCACACCCAACGAACCAGCACCCGCAAACCCCAAGGAACUGGCACCCACUACCUCCAAGGAGCCUGCUCCCAUCAACCCCAAGGAACCUGUUCCAACCACCCCCAAGGUAGCAGCACCCACAAACCCCAAGAAACCUGCCCCCACCACCCCCAAGGAGCCUGUUCCAACUACGCCUCUGACACCUGCUCCUACUACCACCAUGGGGGCUCCCACUACCAAGACUCCUGCUGAAUCAACUCCUGAGUCUUCCACAGGACCCACACCAAAGGUUCUUGAAAACAGCCCCAAGCAGCCUGCUGUACCUACAACUAAGACUCCUGGAGUGAUCCAAUCUGAAAUGAUCACAACAGCUAAAGACAAGAACACAGAAAAAGACAUACACACUACACCUGAAAUGACAACAGCUGCAACUAAAACAGAAGACAAGACUCCCGAAGCCAAAAUCACAAGCACAAUCAGGCAAGUGACAUCUGCCACAACUCAAGACACCACGUCAUUCAAAGUCACUACUCCGAAGGCAACAACUCUUGCACCCAAAGUAACCACGUCAACCAAAAAGACAACUACCACUGAAGAGUCCGCGAAUAAAUCUGAAGUAGUAACACCUGCACCGAAAGACACAGCUACUGGUGCUAAAGCAACUCCUAGCCCCCCCAAACCAACCAAACCAUCCAAAAAGCCCACUUCUACUAAAAAGCCAACCAAAGUGCCCAAAAAGCCCACUUCUACCAAGAAGCCAAACACACCAAAAGUGAAGAAACCAAAGACUACCCCACCCCUGCCAAAGACAACUACACCAACCCUGUCUGAACUGAACCCUGCCUCUGUGGCAGAAGCCAUGCUCCAAGCCACCAGAAGCCCCACCCCAACUCGAGACACAGAAACCGUCGAAGCACACCCAAAGAACGAAGGUGCAGAGGAGCAAGAGAAGCCUUAUGUGAUCCCCAGGCCCCCUGGCUUCAUCCCUAUACUUGUCCCAGGCACUGAGUACAUAGUGAGAGGACCCAGUGACGGCAUCAUCACCAACCCCAUGCUCUCAGUUUUAGAUGAGACCAAUUUGUGCAAUGGUAAGCCAGUAGACGGGCUGACUACGCUGCGCAACGGGACACUGGUUGCAUUUCGAGGUCAUUAUUUCUGGAUGCUGAACCCAUUCAGUCCACCAUCUCCACCUCGCAGAAUUACCGAUGUCUGGGGCAUACCUUCCCCCAUUGAUACUGUUUUUACCAGAUGCAACUGUGAAGGAAAAACUUUCUUCUUUAAGGAUUCUCAAUACUGGCGAUUCACCAAUGAUAUAAAAGAUGCAGGGUAUCCCAAACAAAUUGUGAAAGGAUUUGGAGGACUAACUGGAAAAAUAGUGGCAGCUCUUUCAAUAGCUAAAUACAAGAACAGGCCUGAAUCUGUGUAUUUUUUCAAGAGAGGUGGCAGCAUCCAGCAGUACACUUACAAGCAGGAACCUGUCAGAAAGUGUACGAGACGGACGCCUAUAAAUUAUUCCGUGUAUGGAGAAACGGCCCAGAUUAGGAGGCGGCGCUUCGAGCGGGCCCUGGGACCACAGACACAUACCAUCAGAAUCCACUACUCACCAGUCAGAGUUGCUUACCAAGACAAAGGUUUCCUCCAUAAUGAAGUUAAAGUGAGUACAAUAUGGAGAGGGCUUCCAAGUGUGGUCACCUCAGCUAUAUCACUGCCCAACAUCAGAAAACCUGAUGGCUACGAUUACUAUGCUUUUUCUAAGGAUCAAUACUACAACAUUGAUGUGCCUACCAGAACUGCAAGAGCAAUUACCACUCGUUCUGGGCAGACCCUAUCCAAGAUCUGGUACAACUGUCCUUAGACUGAUGGGCAAAGGAACAGUCAACUAAUGAAAAUGAAGAAAAGAAUGAUACAUUUUGACAUUCAAAUACAUUUUAUUAAUAAAGCAUGUUGAGACAAGCA